UUGUCGCCUGUACUACCGUGAAGAAUCGUAUUCCAACACCAGUUCCACCCUCUACAAGGCGCGUCUAGCUAAUUAAGCAUGCCACCGUCACGUCGCCGGAAUAACUCCUCACUCUUGGAGUCAUCGACCAUCAUCACGGCCAACUUGAUCAUGGCCUCCUCCUCCUACCUCCUAUCCAAGAUCACUCCGCGUGCCGCACCGUCGUCCAUGCAGUCUGCAGCUCCGGCGCCGGCCAGACCACCACAGCCGCCGCCAGCCGCUGUGACGGCCCGGGCAUGGCCUACGGCGGUGUCCGCACGCUCCGUCGAGCCUGCGGUCACCCGCAGGAAGGUGCUCGUGGCGCCUGACGAUGGGGAGGACGGCAAGGUGGACGAACGCGCCGACACGUUCAUCAGGAAGUUCAAGGAGAGGACGCAGUCGGACAUAGCGCGUAUGGAAGCCGAGGCGGCCGCAGCAGUCGCCGCUGCUCGGCCGCCGCCGGCACUCGGUGCCGCCAACUUGGCUGGAACUGCGUACGGAUACUAUGGGACGGGAUACUAUUGUUAAGUAAGACUCUGCGCUGCUUGGAUACGUCGUUAGUUUGCUACUACAAGUAAGAUUGAAAGUACCGCCAACUAUGUAUAUAUACUGAACGCAUGCUUGCUUUGACCUGUAAAUUAAUUUGAAUUUCAAUAAUUCUGGCAGCUGUCGAUGGGUAGCUAGUUUCAGGGUUUAACAUUGUAAAUACUACUUAUGCAUGAUGAUUGUAAGAUAACUAAUGUGCUAAUGCAUUUUAGUUUUGGAUAAACACAAAUGUUCACAUGGGCAA